UUCACCGGAAGCUGCAGGGUCGGUUUCUCGGUGAACUUUGCGCGUGAGAAGCGAGUUGUAAUUGAUUUGGUUUGUGUGGGUGUUCUGCCCCAAGAUGUCAUUCCCUCCUCAUCUGCCCCGGCCACAGAUAGGCAUCCCAACGAUGCCUCCAGGAAUCCCUCCUCCACAGUUUGCUGGAUUUCCACCAUCAAUGCCUCCAGGGACUCCAAUGAUUCCAGUCCACAUGGGGAUCAUGACAUCAGCCCCUACGGUUCUUGUGCCCACCUCAAUGCCUUUGGUCAGUAAAGUUGCUGGUCCCAGGAAGGACACCGCAGCCACUCGGGCAAAAGAGAAUGAUGAUGGCAACAUCCCCACGACCACAGUGUUUGUGGGGAACAUCUCUGAGAAAGCCUCUGACAUGCUCAUCAGACAGCUGCUGGCUAAAUGUGGCUUAGUCUUAAGCUGGAAGCGGGUUCAGGGCGCCUCAGGAAAACUCCAAGCAUUUGGUUUCUGUGAGUAUAAAGAGCCUGAAUCUACUCUCCGAGCUCUACGGCUGCUACAUGAGCUGCAGGUUGGAGAAAAGAAACUGUUGGUCAAAGUCGAUGCCAAAACAAAAGCACAGCUGGACGAGUGGAAAGCAAAGAAAAAGAGUGCCAGUGAAAAUGGAAACGGCAAGGCAGUGGAAGUUGGUGAAGACGAAGAGGAGGUUCUGGAUGACGAAACUAAGAAACGGGACCAAAUCGUGAAAGGCGCCAUCGACGGCCUGAUCCGAGAAUAUUCAAGCGAACUCAGCGCAUCGUCACAGGACGAUGAGGCGAGCCGUCGCAAAAAAAGGAGAGACCGGAAGGACGAGAAUGACAUCAAUGACAUUGACAUGGAAGAUGACAAAAGAGAUUUGAUUUCCCGGGAGAUCAACAAAUUCCGAGAUACACAUAAGAAACUGGAAGAGGAAAAGGGGAAGAGGGAGAAAGAGAGGCAAGACCUUGAGCGAGAUCGUAAGGAGAGAGACAAGGAACGUGAGAGAGAGCGCGAAAGACGAGACCGCGAACGCGAGAAGGACAGAGAGAGGGAGCGGGAGAGAGAGAGAGAACGUGAGGAGAGGGAAAGAGACCGCGAGCGCACAAAAGAGCGCGAGAGAGAGAGGGAGUGGGAAAAAGACAGAAGCCGCGACCGCAGUGGAGACCGCAGCCGAUCCAGAGAACAGAGUCGUGAUCGAGAGCGAGAUAAGGAGAAGAAGCGAGAUCGUGAGGAGGAUGAGGAGGAGGCGUAUGAGCGGCGCAAGCUGGAACGCAAACUGCGAGAGAAAGAAGCGGCAUAUCAGGAGCGUCUGAAGAACUGGGAGCUCAGAGAGAGGAAGAAGGCCAGAGAUUACGCCAAAGAGAUGGAGAGAGAGGAGGAACGCCGCCGUGAAAUGGCUAAAGAAGGAAAGCGACUGAAGGAAUUUCUGGAAGAUUAUGAUGACGAAAGGGAUGACCCAAAAUACUACAGGGGCAGCGCUCUUCAGAAGCGACUGCGGGACAGAGAGAAAGAGAUGGAACUGGAUGAGCGUGACAGAAAACGAGAGAAGGAAGAGCUGGAGGAGAUCAGACAGAGACUGCUGGCAGAGGGACACCCGGACCCAGAUGCGGAGUUACGCAGGAUGGAGGAAGAGGAAGAGCGUUUGCGGCAGCCGCCAGUGAAACCCGAGCCGGAGGAGGAGAGAGAACACAAACCCUCACGAGAUGAGCGAGAAAGAGGGAGGGACCGAGAGAGAGACCGGCGUAAGGAAAGCAGAGACCACGUUCAUGUCCACACCCCAUCUGAUGAUGAUGAUGAUGUAGAGGAAGGGGAGGAGCUAGAGGAUGAGGAGGAAACCAAACCCUGCCUCAAACCCACCAUGAGGCCCAUCAUGGCUGCCCCCUCUGUGUCAUCAGCUAGCGGUAAUACCACGCCCAACACACCCCGAGAGGAUUCACCCUGCGGCAUCAUCAUCCCUCAUGAGAACUCCCCGCCGGAGGUCCAGCCUCAGGAGGAGAACCGCCCCAAGAUCGGCCUGAGCCUCAAACUAGUUGCCACUGAUAGCCCGAGUCAGCCAAGCGUAGCAAAGCGGAAGAAGCUGGCGGUGGAAAGCGUCUUCAACCGUUUUGAUGAUGAUGAGGUGGAUGAGGUGCCACGCAAGAGGAAGCUGGUGCCUUUAGACUAUGAGGACGAGGAGAAGGGAGGGGACGGGGAUGCAGCUGGUGGUAAAGGCGCGAACACGGAGGAGAAACGCGAACACAUCAAGAGUCUGAUCGAGAAAAUUCCUACUGCCAAACCAGAGCUCUUCAACUACCCUCUGGACUGGUCUGUCGUUGAUACGACUCUCAUGGAGAAGCGCAUUCGACCGUGGAUCAAUAAGAAGAUUGUUGAGUACAUUGGUGAAGAAGAAGCUACAUUAGUCGAUUUUGUUUGCACGAAGGUGAUGGCUCACAGUACACCGCAAGGCAUUUUAGAUGAUGUUGCAAUGGUGCUGGAUGAAGAAGCCGAAGUCUUCAUAGUUAAAAUGUGGAGGUUAUUGAUUUAUGAAACCGAAGCCAAGAAGAUUGGACUUGGGAAAUGAGCGAUGAGCAUCAAUGAACUUUUGCUUUUUACUUCCUGUUUGGGCUCCACAGCUCAUCUAGGCUCAAAAACAACAGGAAACUCAUCCAUUUCCAAACUUUGGAGUUAAAAUUCAACAGUUUAAUCUCUCAAGCACCACCGUCUGUUUCAGCUGCUCUCGUUUCACCACUGAGAGGAACAGGUUUGACUUCUCAGGGCCUUCCUGUUGAAUCCAUCUGUGCUGAUUAGAGUAGGAGCUCUUUCUGUGAGUACAGUUGCCCAUGUACAUUUAUCAAUUGCCAAUCAAUCUGGGUUGUGAUUUUUACCAUUUUAGGUUGUUUUGGUAGCCCUCCAACUGUACCAAAGAGUUUCCCUAAAAAGAUAAUGGAAGUUGAUUGGACCCCAACACUGUUUAGAAGGUUCUGGAUAAACUGAUUGUCUUUGUUUUUGUACUUAUCAGUGGAUGUGUUUUGAAUAAAAGUGAUUCAUUUUUGUAGUAAAA